GUACGUGUGUCUGAGCGGAGCAAUGGACGCCUCAGCCAUUCUCCUGGUCACGCCCCUGACGACUCGCCUCGGCAGACGCGUCAUCGUGGGCGCCGGACUCUUCGUGGGCGGAAUCUUCUUUCUUCUUGAUCUGCUCGUCCCAAGCGACUACUUUUGGGCCAAAUGGAUCCUGGUCAUGGCCGGCUUUCUCCUGGUGGCGGGCUCAUUUCAAAUGAACUACGUGUAUGGCCCAGAGCUGUUUCCAACGGAGGCGAGGACUCGUGGUUUUGCUUUCAUCAGCCUCAUAGGUGGAGUGGGGUCCAUGAUAGCGCCAAUCAUCACCUACAGGCUGGCCCAAGUAACCUGGUGGGCGGCGCCUGUUACCUUCGGCUGUGCUGGGUUUCUUGGGAGCCUCACUCUGCCUCUGCUACCGGAGACGAGGAACCAGCCAAUGCCCGACACGCUUAAGGACGUCGAUGAUAGGAGACGCAGGAGGAAGAUAAAGUCAGCGAAUUUAGGGAAAGAAAACCAAGCUUAUGAGAACACGAAUGAUAUCUGAUGCCUUUUAAAGUGUGUUAAAAAAAGGGGUUUUGAUUUCUUCUGUCCAGUAUUUUUAUACAUUUGCUUAUAUCGGAAGAAUAGCAAAGCGUUGUGUUUUGCUGAUAAAAGAAUAGAAAAAAAUAUAGAGAUUGUUGCUUGAGGUAAUAUAUAAAUGAUAAUUCAUCUUGUAUGCUAAUUUUUGCAAUAUUGCAUACACUAUGGAAACUUAAAUUACAAAGAAGCAGGAGGAUUGUAUCAUCAUUUUGAAAAUAUAAAAUGAAAUGAAAUAUAUUAAAACAAAC